AUGAUAAACAAUCCUUCUUUGACCAAUAUUUAAAAUGAAAACUUAGAUCAAUAGAGUUUUUUCCAAAAAAAAGAAGUUGGUACUAUAAAUUAUAUAACAACUUUUGGGGUUGAUCAAUAAGAUGAUUAAUAAGUUGAAUAAAGACCUUUAUAAACUCCUAAUAUGAACUAAGAAUAGUCCAUGCUUUCAAUUCCAGAAUAAGAAGAGGAAGAAGAAAAAUUAUAUCCAUAUUAUAUUGGAUAAAAUAAAAAUAUUAUUGAAAAAGUUUUCCUAAUACAUAUUACAUCCUACUGUUUAUUCUUAAAGAGAAAUGUAUUGGAUAAAAAUGAAAAAAUUAGUGAUAAGCAUCUACCAAAAUUAUCGCCUUCAGAAAAUAUAAAAUAUACAGUUGAAAAAUCAUAAUAGAAGUUACAUGAUAUUCAUGAAGUGCAUACAUACAAUUUGGUAAAGCUAGUAUUUUUUGGAGAAUUAAAAAUAUUAACAUUUUUAAGCUGUUUGUUUUAUUGUCUCGAAGCAUUAACAAAAAAUGGAAUUUCAGUUUUGAUGAGCUUACUAAUAAAUUCAGUUUCAGAAAAAGAUUUAAAUAAAGCAUAUAAAUAUGCAAUAGGAUAUGUAAUUUUGUAUUUUAUUGGAAUUUUAUUUCGACAUCAUGGUUCAAAUUUUUCAAUGAUAUUUUCAUCGAAAGCUAGAAUGAUGUUGGUAAACAUAGUCUUUAAUAAAUUGACUGAUUUAAGUUCAUUUUCUAUAAAGGAAGCUAAUAUUGGUAAGAUCUUAAAUCUUAUAUCAGGAGAUAUAAAUUAACUUGAAUAAGUCCUUUAUAUGAUAUUAUAAAGUAGUGUUAUUUUAAUUUCAAUUGGUGUAGGUUCAUUGAUAUUAUGGCUAAGAUUCAAUGGAGCUAUUGGUAUGUUAGUAUUAGCUAUAGUCUUUCUUUCAUAUCCAAUUUAAAUUAUAUUGUAAUCCUUCAAUUAAGAAACAUUAAGAUAAUCUAAAUAAUUUUAAGAUAAACGUUUGAAAUUAACUAAUGAAUUUGUUGAGGGAAUAAGAUUAAUAAAAAUGUAUGCAUGGGAGGAUGCAUUUUUUUAAAUAAUAUCAUCAAUAAGGAGAAAUGAAUUCAAAUGUUUAUUAAAAAUAGCAAUACGUUCAUCGAUUGAUCGAUUAUUUACAUUAAUAGCUUAAAUAUGGUCAAGCUUAAUUUUCUUCAUUAUUUUACAUUAUAGUGGGUACAGAGAGAACAUGAACGUAGCAGAAAUGAUAUCCACCAUAUAAUUAUUAUCUUUUUUCAAAUUUAGUUGUGUAAUGAUGGUAUCUUACGCAAUUCAAUCUUCAAUAUUUAUAAAAAUUUCAUUUGAGAGAAUUGCAAAUAUUUUAAAUAUCAAAAAUCGUGAAAUGGAAAAAAUAACUAAUAAUGAAUCUUAAAACAUAAAUUCAAGUAUUAGUAAUUCAAGAAUAGAAUUUAGAAAUUUUGAUGGAUUUUGGUUAAAUCGAGAAAUAUUAGAUUCUAGGCCAGUUUUAAAGAAUAUAUCAUUGGAUUUUAAAGAUGGUGAACUUUGGGCAAUAAUUGGAAAAGUUGGAAGUGGUAAAUCUUCUUUUUUAAAUGCUUUGUUAUUUGAAUUGCCUUCAUAUAAAGGUUAAUUUAAGAUAGAUGGAAAAGAUGCAAAAAGAGGAUCUCUAAAUAUAGCUUAUGUUGAAUAAGAACCCUAUAUAUUUCCAGGAACAAUUAGAAAUAAUAUAUUAUUUGGUAGAGAAUUUGAUAAAUUAUUAUAUUAAAAAGUUAUUCAUGCAUCAUAAUUAGAAUAGGAUUUAUUAAAAAUGAAAUUUUAUGAUCAAACUGAUAUAGGUGAAAGAGGAACAACACUUUCUGGAGGUUAAAAGGCUAGAUUAUCUUUUGCAAGAGCAUUAUAUUAAUAGGCAGACUUAUAUUUAUUAGAUGAUCCAUUAUCUGCAGUAGAUGCUCAUGUUGCUAGAAAUAUGUUUUAGACUGGUAUUAAAGAAUUCAUAUUUGAAUAUUAAGUUAUGAUUAAUCCUAAUAAAAAUAAACCUAUUGUUAUUUUAGUAACACAUUAAAUCUAAUAUGCUGUGGAAUGUGAUAAAAUAGCUAUUAUGAAUAAUGGAGAAAUUUCUAUGUCAGGUACAUUUUUAGAAUUAUAAACUAAAAUAGAGAAAAAUAAUGAUGAAUUAGCAGGACAAUUAUGUUCCUCCCCAUCUCCAAAAUCUAAAUAAUUUAAAAGAUCUAUUAUUUCUCAUAGAUCUAGAAUUAGACAUGCUAAAGUAAAUUCUCUUAUUAUGAAAGAAUCAGAUUAAUAAAGAUUAAUUGAUAAAACUGUUUAUUUAACUUAUUUUAGCUAUUGGAAAUUAAUUAUUUUUAUUUUAAUCUUAGUGCUUGAGGCUGGAACAGAUAUUUUAGUAAUUUUUUAUUCAAGAAUCAUCUCUUUAUUUUAAUUUUAUCAAGAAAAUAAUUCAAUAGAUAAAGCAUUUCUAAUAUUAAUUCUAUUGACAUUUGGAUUAAUAAUAUGUAAUUUUAUGAAAUAUUUAUUAAAUUCUAUUUAAGUCUAAAAUACAACCUAAAAAAUUCAUAACAAAAUGUUAAAUUCUUUAACUAAGGCACCAGUAUCUUAUUUUGAUAUUAAUCCAUCAGGUAGAAUAAUAAACCGAUUUUCAAAUGAUUUAUCUUUAUGUGAUUAUUCAACUAAUACUGUCAUUUUAGAUGUACUUGAAAUAAUUGGAUAUUUUUGUUUUUCUUUAAUAACCUUAGCAAUUUUAUAACCUUUUUUCUUAAUCAUGAUUGUUUUUGUAAUAUUGAUUGAUGCUUAUUAAUAUUUUUUCUUGAAGAAAAUUAUUAGUUAAUUAAAAGAAUUAGAAUUAAUGUAAAGAAGUCCUAUGUUUGAUUUUUUAAAAUAAACUCUUUCUGGAAUAUCUUAAGUUAGAGUUUAUAAUUAAAGGGAAUGGUUUAGAAAGUAGUUUUUAGAUUUGUCAAAUAAAUGCAAUUUAAAUUCUUUAACAUAUCAAUAUGCAACUAGAUGCUUUGGUUUUAAUUUAGAUAUUGUAAGUUUUAUAGCCUCAACAGUCGGAAUAUUUUUAUUUUUAUUUUUAAAUAAUAAUGAUCUUGCUAUAUUAGCAUAAGGAAUAUUGAUGAUAACAACUUAUAAUGAUGGAUUAUAGCAUGGUUUGAGGUAGUUAAUAAAUUUUGAAACUUAAAUGAAUUCAUAUAAUAGAAUGUUUUAGAUUAUUGAAAUAAAACCAGAAGCUCCUCAUAAAACUAAAGUAGAUCAAUAAUAUCAAGAUUUUCCAAAGAAUGGUGAUGUUACUUUUGAAAAUAUUCAUAUGUAAUAUAGAGAUAAUUGUCCUUAUGUUUUAUAAGGACUUACAUUUUAAAUAAAAAGUGGAUAAAAAGUAGGUUGUGUAGGAAGAACAGGUGCUGGAAAAUCUUCUAUAUUAUAAGCUAUUUUUAGAAUGACGGAAAUAGAUUAAAAUUUUGAUUCAAAAUUAGAAAUAGCAUAUGUUGAUAUACAAAAAUUAGGAUUAUAAAAAUUAAGGAGCAGCAUAGGAAUCAUACCUUAAUCUCCUUUUUUAUUUUCUGGAACUAUUCGCUAAAAUUUAGAUCCUUUAAGGUAAUUUAAUGAUGAUCAAUUAUGGAAAGCUUUAGAAGAAGCUAAUUUGACUAAUUAUAUCAAUUCUUUACCAUAAGGUUUAGAUUCUGAUAUAGGAGAUGUCAAUUCUAUUUUUUCUGUUGGCUAAAAGUAAUUGAUAUGUUUAGCUAGAAUUAUCUUAACUUAAAAAAAAAUAAUUGUAUUAGACGAAGCCACUGCUAAUGUUGACAUGUAAACAGAUGAACUUAUUUAAAGUAUUAUCAAAAAAAAAUUCACAAAUUCAACUUUAAUCACUAUUGCUCAUAGAUUAAAUACUAUUGCUGAUUAUGAUAAAGUAAUGGUGAUGUCAGAAGGAAAAAUUAUUGAAUUUGAUUCUCCAUUUAAUCUUAUGGCUUUAUCAAACGAAUCAACCUCAAUAGAUAAAUUUACUGAAUUUUCAAGAUUAGUUGUAAACACUGGUGAUGAAAACGCUUAAUUAAUUUUUGAAAUAGCUAAAUAAUCUCAAAAUAGUAUUAAGUGA